AUAUUUGUUCUAAAAAUUGAUAUAAACUAAUAAUUAUGUAAAUUAAUAAUAUUUUGUAAUGUAGUUACACGAACAUGGUGCUUAUUUGGUGGACAGUUUGAUAGAGAGUAAUCCUAUGAUGAAAGAUUGGGAAUGUAUGACAGAUCUUCUUUUAGAAGAACCAGGAUCUCAAGAAGAACCUCUUGAUGAUAGGCAAGAAACAUCACUCAUUGAAAUAAUGGUCUGCUGUGUCAAACAGGCUGCUACAGGAGAACCACCAGUUGGACGGGGUCCAAAUCGUAAACAAUUAUCAGCUAAAGAACUGAAACAAGUUGGAGAUGAUCGUGUUAAAUUGACUGAACAUUUCAUUCUUACUCUCCCUCAGUUGCUAGCUAAAUAUAUGGCAGAUCAAGAGAAGAUUGCUAAUUUGAUGGUUAUUCCACAAUAUUUUGAUCUUGAAAUAUAUACCACAAGUCGUCAGGAAAAGUUUUAGAGUCAGAAAUUGCUC